CAUGCGCCGCCAUGCGCAGUAUCUGAGCUUCAAGACCGCUAUUCUCUUCCUUUCGUGUUCACGAUAAUCUUUUUGUAUACAGCAAAACAUGUAAACCUGUUUCUGCUCGAAUGUUUUUAUAAAAUUGUCCUCAACCACAGCUUGCUGCAAUGCAAGUCCUGUCCGAUGAAUGCACGAGGACUACAUAGCUAACGUUACAUAUUGCCACCCUUGCUAACCCUAGAUGAUUUGUGCUUUCAGCAUAACACUUUGUUUCAGGAUCUAUUUAUUUAUAGCCUAUAUUGACUAGGUACCAAGUAUUGUAAUGCAUUUCUCAAAAAAAUGUUCAGUGUUUAAGGUGGUGCUGAGUGCUCUUCUUAUUGUUGCACUGUUGCAGCUUUUAUAUCUGUCUUUCCUCUCAAAAUUCCAUGGCAAGCAGCAGCGCUACAAGUAUUCUGAGCUCUUCGGCUCCAAAAAGGCCUCACAGCAAGGAGAGAAGAACCCAAGACGAGAACAUUUCAGAUACUCCUUAUCCACAGGUGGUAUCUUUGAUGGAAGCGGGCAAUAUCGUGUGUAUAAGAACCUAAUCAAAAGUGACUUUUUGACUAAUCAGAAGCCAGGAGCAGAUCCGAGAUCACACCACUUGGCUUUGGCCACUCAUACAACUAUUAAUAACCUUCAUCACUUGAACUCAUUGUUGGAGCGCUGGCAGAAUCAUCUGUCAGUGGCUAUAUUUGCUAAUAACCAAGAUGUCAAGUUUGCCACAGCGUUCAUCUAUGCCCUCAGCAUCUUCUGCCCUCAGAUUCAAGCUCUGGUGGACUUCCAUCUGGUCUGCCACUCGGGGGAGAUGGCCAGCUUUCCAGAACAGGACCGAGAGCAUUUUGCUGGGCUUGAGGAGAAAGGGUGUCCCGGUGUCUUCGCAAAGCUUGAAUUCCAUCGAGACAAGUAUAAGAACUAUGCCAUCGGCGCCAAUGUCUCUUACCCCAACAAUCUUCUCCGCAACGUGGCACGUAGUGGCACAGAUGCUGCCUACAUCUUGGUGAUUGACAUUGACAUGAUCCCGAGCGCUAAUUUACACCACCAGUUUGUGACUUUGCUGAUGAGAAAAGAACCGGCUGCCGACGAAGUCCUCGUGCUUCCUGCUUUCGAAAUCAGACAUACUCGCAAGAUGCCUGCGUCAAAAGCUGAGCUGGUGCAGCUCUAUCAGGUUGGGGAGGUGCGACCGUUCUACGAUGAACUUUGCCCUCGUUGUCAGGCUCCCACAAACUACUCCCAGUGGGUCAAUCUGCCCAGCAAAAGCUCUGGGCCUCUGGAGAUGGCAUAUACCAUAAACUGGGUGGACCCAUGGGAGCCUUUCUACGUUGGAGCUCGAUCUGUCCCUCUCUAUAAUGAGAACUUCAGGCAAUAUGGCUUUAACCGCAUCAGUCAGGCUUGUGAACUUCACAUAGCUGGUUACAGAUUCUCCGUGGUGAGCAAUGCUUUUGUAGUGCACAAAGGGUUUAAGGUCCAGGGAGAGUUCCACAACAGAAAAGAUGAGGAGAACCGUAAAAACCGCCUCCUCUUCAGAAGCUUUAAGGAGAGUCUGAAGGCCAAGUAUCCCCACUCACCUCGCCGCUGCUAAGAGAACGCUUAUUAGAUACGUACAAGUCUGCACUACACUGCAAUCAAACCCUAAUCACUAUUCUUUCAGGAGAACUGCAGAGAACUGGAACCUAAAACUUGUUGGUACAUAUUUCUAUUAAAGUUGUUGCACAAUUGAGAACAAACUAGCACAGCUGGACUGCAAUACCAAUAUAUUGUUCCUGUUCUAGAUAUUAUUACAAGUAUUACUUAUUUAUAAAUUGACAUGAUCUUUCAGGCUUUUUUAGUCCUACUGACUUAUUUUUGUUGUAUUACGGAACACAUUUGUUUUUUAUACACAAAUGUUUGUGCAAAUUGAUUCUGAGAGCAACAGGCUUUGUCUUGCUGUCUUUGAAGGUAAUUUAUUUAUUUUGAAUGCAAGUUCAACCUCACUGAAUGUUAUGGUGUUUAUUUUUUGCCCAAUUUUAAUAUGAAAAAUGUUAUGUUUACCAAUCAGAUACUACACAAAUUGCAUAAAUGAGCGGUAGUUGGUGUUGUGACUGUAUCAGUUUAUGUGUUUGCAUUACUGACAAGACAACUUUCCUCAUAAAGGUACACAGAUACACAGUUUUAAUAAUGGAUCAGAAGAUGCUAGAGAGCACUGAUAAUACCAGAGAAGGGAAAUGAUGUUUUAGUUUUUUCUGACUUGUGGGUUCAGGGUAUAAAGUAAAAUUAGAUUAAUGCAGAAAUUUGCUGAUGUAGAGACUGUAGUCACCACGUUGUCACAAGCAAUACUCUAUGUCACUGAUAUUUACAUUAACUGUGAAAGAUAUGUCUUUACAAAACUAAAUAUGUAAAAAAAAUUGCUGGCAAAAUUAAUAGUGUUUAAGUGAAAUCUUAGCCUGAUAUUGAGUGCAUUUUUUAUAUUAGUUUCCAUUAUCAGUAUUAUUUUGUUUGCUUUUUGGUAUGUUCACUUAGUGCUGUGUAAAAAUAACGUUAGCAUGAACGUUGUGAUGUAUGAACACUGGAGAAAUGCUGUCAACAAAGGAACAUUUUGGUACUACGGAAAAAGAUUGUAAAGUUUUUUAUAUAAUAUUAUAAUGUAUUAUUUUAACACUAACAGUUUAUGUUUAACUGAAUAAAUGUGUUCAUUAAUAUUUUUACUGACAUGUUCGUUUUGUUGUAUCUUGUUUCAUAAAAUUCACAACA